CUGCUGCAUUGCACGAACUUCGGUUCUAGAUGCAAACCACUAACAUGACCAUGGACCAAGCAUAAUUAUCUCAGCUACCCGUAAUCUCACAAAGCUCAUGCAUGAGCUAAUCCAGGAUUUGACUGGGCUCAUCACAACCAAAACCAAUUUGCGUUACGAAUAGCCUCAUUUCCAUCUCCAUCCUCUAAAUGCGCACCCCUACCACCACCAUCGCCAGCACUGCCGCAGCAGCAGCCGCAGCAGCAGCAGGAGCCAUCUCAACAUCCCUGCACACCCUCAAAGCCACCCAACUCCAGCGCCUCGCCCAACGCACCGGCAUCAAGACCGGCGGCCGAAAGCCCGUGCUCAUCCGUCGAUUGGAAACCGAGCUGCUGCAAUGCGAGUUCCGUCGCCCCUGCCAUGUGGGGAGUGGCAGUGGGAGUGGCAGCGAACGCGAACAAGAAUCACCCCAAACGACCCCCACUCCCCUCCAUCCGGGCCCGAGCAUGAGUAUCCUCAGCAUCGACAUGGGGAUUCGCAAUCUGGCCUUUGCGCAUUUGUUGGUUGCGCCUCCUCCGGGGUCUUCCUCGGUGGAUGCGGAUGGAAAGUCCAAGGAUCCCAGUCAGGGUACACAUGAGGACUCAGCUGCAGCUGCGGCAGCACCACCAUCACCACUACAAAGCAAUCUCCCCACUCUCACCCUCAACGCGUGGCGCCGCCUCUCCAUUUCCGAUUUGGACAAGCAGGCCGAAGCGACAGAAGCAGCAACAACAACGACAACAACAACAACAGAAAUAGGGGCAACAGCAGAAGCAGCAGAAGCAGCAGCAGCAGCAGCAGCAGCAGAAGAAGAAGAUUUCUCUCCCACCCGCCACGCCCACCACGCCUACACCCUCCUCACAACCCUCCUGGCCCGCUACCGGCCGACGCACGUGCUGAUCGAGCGUCAGCGGUUCCGGACGGGCGGAUCGUCGGCGGUGCAGGAGUGGACGAUUCGCGUGGGGGUGUUUGAGGGGAUGUUGCAUGCGGUGCUGUAUGCGUUGCGGCGGGAGUGGGAGGGUCUCCUGGUUGGCCCGGGGAGGAGAACUGCGGGAGGCGCACUACCACCACCACCGCCGGGAGUUUGGGGCGUGGAGCCCGGGAGGGUGAGUCGGUAUUGCGUGGACAAGGCGUUAGAGUGGAAAUUCGGGGAUGAUGGGGUUGGGUUGCUUUGGGGGGAUGGGGUUCGUGGGGCUAAUGAGCAGGGUGAUGAUGGGUUGGGAUCUCUCGAGGGACAACAGGGACAGGCACAAAGACAGGGGCAGGUUGAAGAUCUGGAGAUAGUCGAAAGUAAGAGGAGCAGCAAGAAGCAGACGCAGAAGAAGCAGACGCAGGAGGAGCUCCCAGUUGCAGCGGCGGAAGAACCAUCCUUCUCGACUGAGCCAAAGAAAAGAAAGAAAAGCACCCGCGAAGUCAAGAACAUGAAGAUGGAUCUGGUGGGCAACUGGUUGCGGAAUGCCACUGGCCCAGACAACCCCCAACCCGGGCACCUGGCGGUGGCAGACCACCAGGAGUUACACCAAUGGGUCGAAGCAUAUCGGACCCAGUGGGAGAAAAAAAAGACGAAGUCCAAGAAGACAAAAACAGAAGCCGAGUGGUUGGACAUCGGUAAGCUCGACGAUCUGGCAGAUUGUUUGGUCCAGGGAGUCACUUGGCUGGAAUGGCAGGUGAUGCGCGAUCACUGCAUCCACCAUCCCACGCAGCUGGCAGAAAUCUCGCUGCAGCUGCCAGCACGAACUAGACUCUAG